CCAAUACGAACCCGUUUGUGCUCCCAAAUUAACCCGUAUAUAAACAGAAAACCACUGCCCUUGGCCGUCAUCUCAUCCCAAACUUGCAUAAAUAGUACGAGUACUUUCUGGUGUGUUCCAGAACUUAGGGUUCUUGACUUUUCUACAUCUUCUCAGCUGUAGCAAUGGCGGGUGGUGGUUUUUUGGGAAGAGUGAUAUCAUAUGUCGCCAAUCAACUUAUUGUCGAUGGUCUCGCUAAUAGUCAUGCUUUCCAAAGAUUUGCUGUCAGGACCAACAACAAGAUAAAGAAUAUUUCUAAACUUGCCGAAGAGAAGAAAAUGGAUAUUGCCGAGCAACUGAAAGAAAUCAAACAGACAAUGAAGCAAUGAACUUGGUACUCUCACACUGGUGCCGAACUAACUUCACUCCACUCUGUCAUAUAGCUACACAGCUCGAAAUGGGAUUGCUGAUCUGAACUGUAGUAGAGAUUGUAGUAUCGGACUUUUGUUCCGAAAAUUUGAUUGGGUCAUCUUCAAUGUAAUUAGCUUCUUGUUGCAUGAUAAAUAAACGAGUACCAAGUGAGUGGGGAGUGAAGUACUCCCGAAUUUAUUUAUUUUUCUAAUAUAAAACUUGGUUUCUUAUUUACAGCAAUA